AUGAGGGGGAUACGGAAAAACACCACCACUUCUGAUGAGAACUUGGGUGGAGAUGAUGGCAGCCCACAGAAGAGUGACCCCAAACAGGAAAAUGGGGUCCCAGUCUCUUCAGCCACCUCCACCACCACAGCAAAAGGCAAGGAGAGAGCCAAUAGCCCUCCUUGUUGGCACAGGUGUUUCUACUGGUGCAAGAAAAACAAGGUGCCCAGUGAGAACACCUGCGGGAGCCCCAAAGAAAAUGGGGUCCCAGCCUCUCCAGCAACCUCCGCCACCAUGAGUGAAAAGGAGAGAGCCAAUAGCCCUCCUUGGUGGCGUAGAUGGCCCUUCCGUCGCUGCAAGAUUGCACCAGUUGAUGAGGCCACUGGCAGCAGCACGGAGAUUAAAGAGCAGGUACAGGAGGGACAGCGCAGCACUGGCAGGACGGCUGAAACCCCCACACCUGCCUCUGCCAGCUGCUCCGCUAAAAAGGAGUCUGUGGCCCCUGUCCUGCCCCGUCAGAGCCUCACUAAGAACCAUGUUGUCUACCUCGGGUUCCCCAACUUGGCACAGACGUGCUACAUGAACUCCAGCCUGCAGAGUCUCCUGACUCUGAGAAGUUUCACUCAGGAGCUCAGCAGCCAGUUCAGGAUCUGGAGUUCAGCCCCUGGAGCUGAAUUGAUCAGAGGACUUGUGGACGUCAGUGUGUCUCGAUACACAGACGCUGACGUUCAAAAACGUCAUGUCCUCAAGUCCUUCAAGAGGAUGGUCUCAGCCCAGGUGCCCGAGUUUGCUGACAACAGCCAAAAAGACGCCCAUGAGUUCCUCAGCUGUGUCCUGGAGCAGCUGAGGUCUCUGUCUCCCCAGCUACAGGAGGUAGCAAAAAGGUUGGGCAGCAGCUACACCUGCCCCGUCCAGACUCACCUGACUUUUAGGAUGCAGAGCACCAGGACCUGCAAGGGCUGUGGUGAGAAGUCUCUGAAAGAGGAGAACUUCACCAACCUCUCCCUGGACCUGGUGCCUGCAGAGUCAGUGGAGCAGUCGCUGCAGCGAUACCUGGUGGAAAACCAGCUGGAGUAUCGCUGUGAGUGCGGGGCGGACACAUCCGGACAGCAGUGGUCUUUCCAGACGCUGCCAAGCGUUCUGAUCCUGCAUCUGAAGCGCUUCAGGUUCACCCCGGCCUGGACGCUGGAGAAGGUGCAGGACCCUGUUGUCCUGUCCAGAGAGCUGCUGCUGACCCCUGGGCAGUCAGAGGAAGCUGUCGGCCUUGAAAACACCAACAAGGCUGUGUGCCAGUACAAACUAAUCAGUGUACUGAGCCAUUUAGGCCGCACAGUGGAUUCAGGCCAUUAUGUUAGCGACGGGGUCUAUCAAGAGGGGGAGGCAGACAGCCAGACAGACCGCUGGCUGUCUUACAAUGACGCGCAAGUCCGAGUAGAAGAGUGUGAGGUGCUGCAGUGCACUGGAUGUGUGUUCAGAGCAGUAGACUCAGCUGUCCUCUCAGCUGCUGUGCGUCCCGUGGCCCAGAGACUCCCACAUAAGGCAGCAGGAUCUCCCCCUCGCCCCUGCCCACAGGAGGAUGGGCUUCCCCCAGAGAGUCUGGUUCCUCCCAAGGUUUCUUCCUCUCAGAGGGAGUUUUUCCUUGCCACAGUCGCCCCCGGCUUAAAACACACCAACCAACAACCCGUCUAG